UAUAUAUGUGUAUGUAUGGCACACCCCUGUAUCUGUAUCUACAAUAGAUCAACGAGGUUCUGUCUGCUAAACUUGAUGGUUUAGCUCACAGAAACCGGUUUCUGGGAGCUAAACCAACAAACAGAAAGUUAUUUGUAUACUAGGUUUCUGUUUCAGAUAAAAGUUUGUCUUGUGUAGGAAUAUAUCAUGGGAGGGGACCUGGGUCGGGUUAUUGUAUAGGAACAAGAUUGAAGCUGUUCAGCGACGACUCUACAUCAACACACCUCAACUUGUUGUAAGGAACAUGUCCAAAACAAAAGGUUCGCGGGUGGACAUGGGACCGGCUAAGAAGAAAAAGGCUGAUCAGAAACCAGUUGAAGAUCCAGAAGACGUUUCCAUUUUGCUCAUUGGCAAAACUGGAACUGGCAAGAGCUCUGCGGGGAACAUCAUUGUGAACGCUACUCGUUUUGAAGUUGGGAAGAAUACACUGGUGUGUGAGAAGAAAAUACAUCCCCUGCCUGAUGGCCGUAGGCUGGCAGUGAUUGAUACUCCAGGUCUGUUUCACACCAAACUGACAGCGGAGGAGAUGAAGACACAGCUGACUAGGUGUGUCUCAUUGUGUGCUCCUGGUCCUCAUGUGUUCCUGAUUGUGAUCGAGCCAAAACGUUUCUCAAGAGAAGACAAAGGGAUGGUGAAAAUGAUCAAGAGGAUGUUUGGAGAUGGAGCAGCUAAAUAUACCAUGGCCUUGUUCACUCAUGGAGAUGAAAUGGAGAGAGAUGGAGUCUCAGUAGAAAGAGCAAUGUAUUUCAACCCAUCUUUUAAUGAUUUUCUCAGCAAAUGUAAAGGAGGAUUUCAUGUUUUUAAUAAAAACAAUGAGAACAGGAAUCAAGUUAUUGAGCUGGUGGGGAAGAUUGAUAAUAUGGUUCAGAGAAAUGGAGGCAGCCGCUACACAAAUGAUAUGUUCAGAGAAGCCCAAAGAGCCAUUAGUCGGGAGAUUUCUCAGGCUGGAGUAACUAGAGAGACAGCAGAGAGAAACAACUCGUUUAUUCGAGCUGUUGACCGAGCUGCUGCAGUUUCAGCUGUUGCUGAAGCUGCCGCUGAAGCGGCAGCCGAGGCCGCUGCUGCAGCCACUGCUGAAGCUAUAGCUGCAGCAGCGGCUGAAGCUAUUGUUGAAGCUGCUGUUGGAGUGGCAGAUGUUGUGAGUACAGUCACAGCAGUGAGAGAGGACGGAUGCAUAACUCAGUGAUAAUCAUCACUGAGUUAUGCUCAUCACUUAUCAGAAACAGUUGCAAAUAUACUGCAAUGAUAGUGAACAAGUCGUUAGUUGUUAGUAAAUUGUAAUUAUUAAUCACAUAACUGAUUAAACACUUUUAAUAUAACCUUUAACAUUAAAAUACAACACAUGAUUUGUUAUUUAAAGACAAUGAUUAGCAUUGUCUUGGUUUGUGAUCUGUAUAUUUAAUCUAAGAGAAUAAAUUUGUUUUAUUGUUCAUUUAUUUAUUUUAGUUUGUUGUCAACAGUAAAUUCAAAAAAUGUUUUUUAUUAACUAAUAUCUACAAAGUGGCAUGUUCUUUACCUUGUCUUCAUAAUAAAUAUUUAAGCACUUUAUUCAAUUCUGUUUGGUAAUUUUUUUAAACCAGUUUUUAAAGAAGUACAAAUAUAAAAGAAAAAGUUUCACACUAGAAUAGAUUAAAAUAGAAUAUAGACGUUGGUAUUUUCCUGAUCUCUGUUUUCCCUUUACUUCAAUGUUUUUUUUCAUCACCCAGCCAGUUUCCUUCGGUUCUUUAUAACUCCCUGCAAAAAUAAAAAAAGUCUGUUUAUUUGGGUGUGAACCUCAUCAGUUCAUUCGUUUUCGAUUACGGCA